UGGGAGGGGUUAUCGUCAUCAUCUACGGUAUGUGUAUAUUUCCAUGGAAACAGAAUUUGCUGGGGGAACGCCACAGAAUGUUCGUUGAACGGAACAACCUGUUGUCGAACUAGGAAGAUCUGUGGUUGAAGCAUUUUAACAAGCGGUCCGGUACCCUCCAUUGCUCUCGAAACGUCUGGUUGUUCCCUGGUGAAACGCCACAUCUUGUCUUCUCCGUGGGUGUGCCCCUGAAGACGAUGGCGGGAACGUCUCGGCACGAUCGCGAGAUGGCGGUGAACGCCAAGCAGAAGCUGUCCACGUGUGAUGACCCUGUGGAACGCCUGCGACUGCAGUGUUUGGCGCGGGGGUCUUCCGGGAUCAAGGGGCUCGGCAGGACUUUCAAGAUAAUGGAUGACGACAAUAGCCGCACUCUGGACAUGAAGGAGUUUAUGAAGGGUCUGAAUGACUACGGUGUCCUCAUAGAAAAGGAGGAGGCCAUGAAGCUUUUCCAGCAGUUUGACAGGGACGGCAGUGGACUCAUUGACUUUGACGAGUUCCUCAUUACGCUCAGGCCGCCCAUGUCUAACGCCAGGAAGGAAGUGAUCAUGCAGGCGUUCCGGAAGCUUGACAAGACGGGUGACGGGGUGAUCACAAUCGAUGACCUGAAAGGGGUGUACAACGCUAAGUACCACCCGAAGUACCAGAACGGGGAGUGGACAGAGGAACAGGUGUUCCGCAAGUUCCUGGACAGCUUUGAUUCCCCCUACGACAAAGAUGGCAAGGUCACGCAGGAAGAGUUUAUGAAUUACUACGCAGGUGUGAGCGCGUCCAUUGACACGGACGUCUACUUUAUCGUAAUGAUGAGAACCGCCUGGAAACUAAACUAAAGGGCUUGAUGCCUGAUCUCUAGGGUAACGACCCCUGACCCCUGGGAUCCUGACAGCACAGAUGGGCUAGUUUCUUUGGGCUAACAUUUUAGCGUGUCAAAGUUUGAGUCUCUCUUACGGCGCUGAAGCAGUAUGAUUUCCUCAGCUGUUUCUCCUUCCUUGUCUUUGCAUAACCUUUAUUGCUGGCAUUUUCUGCUCCUAACAUGGUGGCUUUUUUACUGUCCUGUUUCUCAGUAGUUGGUGUUUUGCAGCUCAGCAGAAAUUGACUCUGCAUAUUUGCCCUUGGAGUUGUUAAGCUGUCCUGCUGCCGUGUGCUUGAUGUUUAAGUCUGUCACAGUGCACACUGUGCCAGUUCUGUGCACCUUUCAAAGUCGCUCCUUUUUGUGCAGAGGCAAUUACCUAUUGAGCAUAUAGUCAGGAAACUGGUGUAAGCAUUUCAAUUGGUAUGUUUUUAUAUGACCUGUAUGGCUGUUAUUCCUGACAAUAACAGUAAAAUUAAAUAGAAAGUAUAUGAACAGUUACAGUAAAGUUGACCUGGCACUCUGGAAUGAUGGCAUAUUUGGAGAUAGAGGAACAGGAAUGGUUAACCUUUCUAGAAGCAAUUUGAUCUGACAAAUUAAGGAAUAUGAGACAGAUUAUCUUCGGUACCACAAGGAAUGUCAUCUCAGUUACCUGGCUGAAAUAGAAAAAACUAUUUUGAUAAUUGGAUAUAUUUUCAGUAUUUUCAAAUAUAAUUCAGAAAAUGCGAACAUUGAAUAAUAAUUUAGUUUUUAAAUAUGUUAAAUCGUAGAUACUGCAGAUACUAAUGUUCAGUUGAAUCUGUCAUUUCAAUUGGUCAGCCUCACAGUUUUUGAACCAGUCCUGUUGAUAAUGGAGAAUACUAAGUGGUCAACUAGCUAGUCCAUAUCUCCAAAGCGCAAUCAUAUUGUCUUACAUACAUGUGCAGUUUUAAGUCAUACCAUUUUAAAAAAUCAAUAAAAAUGACAUUUUUUUAAAACUUUAAAUAAGGUUACUAGUAAUAAAAAUAACCCUGCCAGUUACCUCAGGUCUACAUCUGUUUUCUCUUUGGGCAGUUUUACUGUGUUCAACUCUUUGGCUUCCUGGUUCCUUUCCUACUCUUGUAGCUAACAUGGAAUUGCUGAGUAGUGCAUCGGUUUGUCAAACAUGGCGGACGUCUUCCUCCUUCUGAACGUAAUCAGUAGACUGUAGAUGUUAAUGUGCCUUUUUAUGUAAUCACAUGCAACAGUCUGAGCCUAUCUAUUAUUUGUGCUGAAUUGUCCUCUGCCUCUUGUCCGUUACCUUACGAUUCAGUAAGACACAUUUGGGUCUUUCCUGCUUUACUGAAGGUCACCAAAGAAGAGUUUUUGAACUACUACUGUGGAGUCAGUGCCUCCAUCGACAGUGACGUGUACUUCAUUUUGAUGAUGAAGACGGCCUGGAAACUAUGAUUUCUACAUUCUGUAUGGAACUUCAUGGACAAUUAACAUGUGCUGUCUUUUUUAUAAAGCAAACUAUUAUCUUAACACUGUCUGCUAGGACAUAAUGAAGAAAAUUGAAAGGCGUUUAAAUUAUUUUGGUGUAAAAAUCCUAAUUUUUAUGAUUUGGGCUUUUGACAUUUUGUGCAAAGGAAGGAAAUUAUUCUGGACGUUGUUAACAGUUGUUAGCAUUUCAGAAUCAAUAGAGCUUUUCAACUCCUAAAGACCUGCCCAGUCCUGUUCCUGGAGAUCUACCAUCUGGUAGGUUUUCUUUUCAACCCUAAUCUGCACACCUGAUUCUACUGAUUAGCAGAUCAAAAUCUCUAGCUGUUGAAUGAGGUGUGCUUUGUUGUGUUGGAGUGAAUACCCACAGGACAAUAGAUCUCCAGGAACAGGUCUGGACAGCCCUGGACAAGGUGAAUGUUAGCAAACCAGACCAGCUGUACAAACUGGGGAGAUUUGCAUUGUCUGCCGACAGUCAUGUUCAGUCCUUAAAUACUAAAAAGUUACAGGGCAUUGACCUCUUUGCAUAGUAGGAUAUAGAUUAGAAAACAACUGGGACAACUGUUCGUGAUGAACAUUGACUGCCUUUGUGGCAGUUUGGUCUGUGCUAGUUCAUCUGUUUCUUUUCUCUCAGAGGGAACCUCUUAAGUGAUUAUGUGGGUUACAUUUAUAGAAACAAAUGGCUGAAAUUGCACUCUUUUGGCCAGUAUGCAAGUUACCAUUCUGUGCAAUAAAUCUAAGAAUACAGUCUUCCUAAGACCUGCUUUCUUAACUUCACUGAUGGCAGGUAGAUGCACACAGUACUACUGUAAUCCCUUUUGUGGUCAGUAAACAGCCUCUUUGCAAAAUACAUAAUUAUUGUACAGUAAAAUCUAAAAUUGUGCAUAAAUAUAAAUAAUGAGAAUGAUCAGAGGAUGCUUUUAAAUGGGCAUUCUGUAUGGUGCACUAUACAAGUACUUUGGUUAACUGUCUAAAUAUACUAAAUAUAGAAAAACAUUUAAUUGUGUUAACCACAAAAUGCUAGUGGCAUGGAAACAAUGAACCAAGAUUGUACUAAAAGGAAUGUUGCAUUGAAUACUUUUUUGGAAACUUGAUUUGAGGGCCUUUUACUGUUGUAUAAACAUGUAUAUUGUCUGAUUAUCUAAAAUGGGGGGGAAUUUUAAUAGUUUUUGACAGAAAUUAUAGGACGUUUUAUAAGAUUACGUAGUGCUGUUUUGAACGUCUUAGUAAAUGCUUGCCUUUUCCAAGAGAGUUAGCACAAUAUGUUGUGAAGUGAUUUUACUUUUUUUUUCAGACUAAUGUUAACAUUUAAAAUUAAUGUUGACAUUUAAAAUAAGAACAGAUGAAGUCAGUUGAAAUUUGAAAAAGUAUUGCAGUAUAGCACAGCAGUUUGUGAAGCAGACAUGUAACCUGUAGGUUUGAAUCAUUUCAGGCACAGUGGGACCUCCCUGCAUAAUUUUUAAAUCUUUGCUUAUAUUUACCUGUACAAAAAAAGGGACUUUUUUAGAAAUUGCUUUGCGUCCAGGACAAACAUUUCAGAACCCAUACACUUUUUUUCCAUGUGCAGAGGACUAUAUAAUCUCAUAUCUACAGAUAAUCAGUUGAGGGUUUGUGCACUUGUAAUUUUUCCAGGAACAUAAUAAAUGUCUUGUUGAAUCAGGCAGGAAUCCUCUCACUACUCAUAGACUGAUAAAAUGACUCAAAAUAACUCACACAGAAAUAGAGCGAAAUGCUCAACGGGGUUCAUGUGGAGACCUGACAUUUAGCCAGUGAAGGUCCACAUCUGCAUGCUUUGCAAUUUUUCUAUUUGAGUCAUAAUUGUAGCAAUUCUGCUGCUCCUAGACUUUCCUUUUCCUCAUAUUCAUUAAGUUAUUAUUUGGCCCCACAAUGCCUGUGAUGCGUGCAACCUGGCUUAAACCACAACAUUUACUGUUGUCAUUGUCAAACUGUUUCAGUGUUGUAUUACAAUUCUUCUUGUUCUUGUUAUUAUAGUUAAUAUAAUUGAAAUGCCAAAUAAAAGUUUUAACCAUGUUA